GUAAAUAUGUACCGGCCGUCACGUAUAAUCUUUGAUAGCGUGAAAACUAAUUUAUGCGAUUGAUAGGUCAUAAAUGUUUAAUUUAUAUAAAUUGUCAUUAAGUUAAUUAAAAUUUAGAUAAUUUGUAAGGAUAAUUUCAUUAGGAUGGUGGAUAAAUUGAGAAGAUACGAAAAAAUUGAUUUUCUUGGAGAAGGACAGUUCGCAACGGUUUAUAAGGCUAAGGAUAGUUUGACUGAUAGAAUUGUCGCUGUAAAAAAGAUCAAAGUUGGAAGCCGUGCUGAGGCUAAGGAUGGUAUAAAUAGAACAGCACUUAGAGAAAUUAAAUUAUUGCAAGAAUUAAAGCACGAUAAUAUUAUAGGAUUAUUGGAUGUUUUUGGCUACAAAUCUAACGUUUCAUUAGUCUUUGAUUUUAUGGACACGGAUUUGGAAGUUAUAAUAAAGGAUAGCAGCUUGGUAUUAACACCCGCAAAUAUCAAGGCUUACUUGAUACAGACUUUACAAGGUCUAGAUUAUUUGCACUUUAACUGGAUUCUUCAUAGGGAUUUAAAACCAAAUAACUUGUUGAUUAGUAGCGAAGGUGUUUUGAAAAUUGGUGAUUUUGGUUUAGCUAAAUUUUAUGGUUCUCCUAACAGAAUAAAUACCCAUCAAGUAGUUACAAGAUGGUAUCGAGCUCCGGAGUUGCUGUACGGCGCAAGACUUUAUGGCACUGCAAUUGAUAUGUGGGCCAUUGGUUGUAUAUUGGCCGAAUUGUUACUUCGUACACCAUUUUUACCAGGGGAGUCUGACUUGGAUCAAUUGACUAGAAUAUUUCAGGCUUUAGGAACACCAACCGAAGAGACGUGGCCAGGAAUGACACAAUUACCAGAUUUUAUUCAGUUCAAACCUUUUCCAGCAAUACCGUUGAAAGAUAUAUUCACUGCGGCGGGUGAUGAUCUUCUGGAUCUCCUUGCCAGUCUAUUAAAUAUAAAUCCUUUAGAAAGGUGUACUUGCGAUCAAGCUCUACAAAUGCCUUAUUUUAGUAAUAAUCCACCGCCUACUCUAAAAGCUAAAUUACCAUUGCCGAUGACAAUCAAACGGCAGCCCGAAGAGAAACCCAGCUUAAAGAGAAAAUUAUUGGAAGCGACGGAUGGUGCUUCGCUAGCAAAAAGACUGCAAUUUUAAUAUUAUAAUAAAUGCUUUAGAUGAAUUUUAUUCUGCAUUUCGUUGAAUGAUGAGAAUGCAUGAAUUAUGUUGUACAUAACUUGUAUACUACUUAAGAGUUGAAAUCUCGUCGAUAGUUAAAUUUUCAAACAUUUAUUUUCCGAAGGUUUUCAUUUUUUUAUGCGC